ACAAUUUCCUGCGUACGAUAACAUGUAAGGAUGUCAUCAUUUUAACAUUUAUUCAAUGAAUGUAGCAGAAAAAAGUUAUUAAUUCAUAGAAUUGAGUUUAUAAUGCCUGUAGAAACAACAAAUACUGAAUUUUUGAACAACUCACACGCUAGCGACGAUGUGCUUCCAACCUAUAGGAGUCUUGCGAUAGAAAUUUUAAACGAUCCACCGCCUAAUUAUAGAGACCUACCAAAUAUACCUGCCGCUCCACCGAUUGAGUUGAUUGUGAAGAAACUUAGUAGUAACAGCAGAAACACAACACAUCCAAACACGAGAAAAUGCAAUAAAGACUUAUUAAAAAAACUUUCUGCUUUAAUGAUGUUACUUGUAAUUCUAUCAGUUGUAAUCACUUUACUGACCAACUAUAUCAAAAUGUAAAAUUCUGCGCCAAAAAGCAUACAAAAUGGUCGAUUUGUUCAUAAAACCAUGAUGGUGACCUACCUAUGAUACGACAAGAUAAUGAAAUAUUUAUGUUUAGAAAGAAGAUUUACUCUAUAUAAAAAAAUAUAUU